GAAUUUUUUGAGAAGGGCACAGUUAAAUUAUAGUUCUGUUAGUAAAUAUUUAAUGAUUGAAUAUUUCUCCAUCUCAUUUUUUUUUAUACUCCGUCAUGUUUUUUUUCAUGUAUUAGCAUACAGGAUUAUAGUUACUUUUAUGUCGAGUUAAACAGUAGCAAGAUGAAACCAAUGAAUAAUAACCAACUAAAGGACUCUUUGACACAACCUAUCCAUACAUUAAUUGACGAAAGUACACUUACCUUGUAUAUAAUUCCUUGCCGAAAAUUCUUUUGAUACUAAGUAAAUUGCUAUUAACUAAGAAUUGUGUGAAUAGGUGCUUCAGUAAUUAUUGUAAAUAGCCAAAUAUUCAUGCCUGUUUUCUAGUUGAGAAACUUAGAGAAUUCAAAUCGGAAAGUUAAAAACUUAUCUUCAUUUCUGCAUUUAAGGGUCUUAUCGGUCAUCAUCUCUACAGUUUGACCAAUGUGUAAAUUUCUUUUUCUUAUUCAUUUACUUUCCCAGUGUAACAAGCUAGAGUCUUGAAGUUUCUGCAGCAGUGGUGAUUAUUUUUACAGGAUCGGGUUGCUAGCCUCAUGUCCAGCCCAACCUUCCCUCUUUAUCAGUCUCGUUCACUGGAUGUACCUGCAUUCCCAUAGAGAGAUGGUGUUCCCACUGAACCAUACACUCAUCACCUUAGAUGCUGAACAAUUACCCAUAUGUGCCACCUCUUGUGCUUCGAGUCAAACAAUAAUCAAUCAAUUGGAAUAAUAACUUAUACCAGUUGCACAAGAAUUGGCUGUCGUGGUAUAAAGGAUAGUGCUUUGACGUUUAGAAUUAUAGAUGCAAGACUGGAGUCCCAGUGUUAACACAAUCACUCACUGCGUAUACAAGUACUCCCAAGUGGAAUGAAAUGCCCAUCCUGGAUACCAUUGCUAAUCACCAACAACGAAAUAAGUGCACGUUUAUCUUUAGACAUCCUCAAAGCUUCUAUACUAUAAGUCGAUAUGUCAACAAAGACCUAGAAUUUCAGCCCAACAUAACUAAUCAACGGGAAAUACUAGAUUAACCUGGAAUCAAAUAACUUGUAUGAUAGUUAGAAUGUAGGAGCAGCAACCACCUUGGAACUUUUAGAUGAGCGCUUUCAUUGGAAGUUCUGUUUUUUCGUAAUGUAAUGAAAUUAGUUGAGAAAUCACUGGUGAAUCGUUUAGGAGAAUAAUUUUUGUUAUUACUCCUAUUGUUUUCUUCGUAUAGCAUAUAACACAUAUUUUUUCAGGUAUUUCAAUAAAAUAGUCUGAUAUAAAGUGUUAAUAAAACAAACUAAUAUGUGCUGUAAGUAUAAGGUCACUGUAACUACUUGUGCACAGUCGGUUAGCAUGAAAUGAAACCGUUUUGAAUACUUAGUUCACAAUUUAGUUGACUUUGUCAGGUUUAGCUGUUUAAUAGUAAAAGCAGGAGAGAAUAUCUCUUCUUAAUCAUAGUAAUACUAACGUUGAAAAUAUAUUUCUAUUCGAACUCCUUUGUCUAUCUUUUUUCUAUUAGAAGUAGACCGAUUAUCCUCGUCGUUUCUCUUGUUCUAACUUCUUUAUUCUUGCUUCUUUUAUUUUAUUUUUUGAGAUUGUUGAAUUAUUUAAUCUCAUUUGAGUAGCUUAUUUUUUGUUAAUAAACUCUUCGUUUACUUCCUGAAUCGACAGAAAAUAAGUAAAAAGUUCUCACAAGUCUUAGUACCAAGAUGCGAGAUCAUAUUUUGAUUCGCGUUUCUAAAAUAUCUGAGGAAAACUACCUGAUUAGAUCUAACCGAUGUUUCAGCAGUCAUUCAAAAUGGUCAGAAUUAGUAUACAGAUCUUUCACACAUCAUUGCUCUUAAUACCAUGAAAGUAUGAAGUUAUAUUCCAAGUUGAAUAAAGUAUUUUUGAUUACUUGAAAAACAGGUUGCUUUAUCCCUAAAACCAUAAAAAUGAAAACCCGAAUUAUUGUUAACAUAACGGGAGGUUUUCAUCGCCUGUCAAAUAUUGAAAUUCAUAUCUACAAUAACACAAAUUCACAUAAGUGGGAAAUUUAGGAUUGAUAGAUUCUAAUUCAUAGGUUGAAUGAUGAGGUGCUCAUUAUCGUGUGUAUAUAUUGACUGCUUGACUAGGUUGAAAUGGAUUUCUAUUACUCCAUUGGAUACUGGUGGUUCUUUAUUUGAUGUUAAUUCCUAACGAAAUCUAUUUUUUCAAUGAAACAUUCUUUGACAAUAAUUUGUAAUUACCUCGUUGCGAUACGUGCAUAAUUCAUCAAUGGUUUCGUAAAAGUGGUCAUUUGAUGUUUUGAGGAAUAAGUCAUAUCUAAGUCUAGUUGUAUGGUUUGGACCAUUACUCUGUGGGUAUUAUACUACACAUCCUCCAGUGUACUUAACUGGUUGGCUGAUAUUUAAAUGAUACGUUAUUGUGUACUAUGGGGUUGAAGUAAAAGAGCGGAAUGAAAUAACACUACUACCUGAUGCUUUAAUUAUUGUGCUGAUGUCAUCACAGCUGAGUUAAUGACUUUAGUAUUUCAAUCAAUAACUUUCAUUCUACAUUUUAGAUUUACCUAAGGAUUCAGUGUUGCAACACUUUUGUAUUACUAACUGCUAUGCUUGCUUUCAGGAGGUGAUGAAUGAUCCUUGGAUAAAUCAAGGCUAUGAACACAGUGUAUUGAAACCUCAUACUGAAGAACCUGCCGAUUAUUGUGAUCCAGAACGUAUUGAUAUCAUGAUGCGUAUGGGUUUCAAACGUGAGGAUAUCCACGAUUCUUUAACGCAACAACGAUUCAAUAACAUCACUGCUACAUAUUUAUUAUUAGCUCGUUAUGACCCACGUGUACAUGGUCGACUACGUGGUCUACCUAGCACAUCUACUACCAGUUUGAAAUCAGACAACCCAUCAGCACGUUCACGUCAGACACCUGAAACACAAUCGAAUACACCUAACACAUCAAGGACGCACUUUCGAAAUUCACCAGUCACUCAGCAUAAUUCACCAUCACAUAACAGUUUAGGUAUAACAUCCACGAAUACCACUAACUCUACAGCUGCUGCUACAGUCACCCAGCAUUCAUUGACGAAAGGAAUUACUAACCGUAUUACUGAGUCAACUUGUUUAAAUAUUCGGAAUGCAUCCACAGCCAGUCGAUCUAGUAAAGAUACAGUCACUACAACAACCACAGGAAAUCUAUUCGGAGACUCUUACAUAACAACAAAUGUUAAUAUGUCGAGCUCUAAUAAUGCGAACACUAGAAGUGGAACUCAUGGUAUUUCUAGCUCAGUACGCAGAUCUGCUACUGUAUCCGGUCCAGCGGAUGCCAGCCAGGCAGUAACCUCUUUAUCAGGGGUAUUGUUAAAGUCAUCUGUACUUCCUGCAUUAACUACUCAUUCCCCUUCAGUAUCACGAAAUGUGUCACCUCCCCCACCAUCCCAAGCACCUCCAUCUGAUGUUUCCCAUCAAAUUCCUGCAAGUCAGCCUUCAGUUAUUACUCUUCACCCGGCUUCUGUUACCGCUCAUUUAACACUUGCUAAUAUGUCUAACGGGCCGUCUUGUUCACUUCCAUCGAAUUCUAAUUCAGUACCACCACUUGUGACCUCUUUCUCUCGUCAUAAUUCUCGUCCACGAGCUGCUACUCGUUCUUUUUCAAUUCAACCACAAGCCGUUGCUCCUUUAGCACUAGAUGAAGAAGAUGCUUCAAAUCCUGCAAAGUCUCGAAGAAAUCGUAAUCAAAAAUCUCCAUCAGUUGAAAAUAAAAUAAACAGUUGCAAUGGUUUAAUAAAAGAAUUAUCAAUUUCUUCUACUAGUUCCGAAGAUGCGAUCUCCGAUGAGAAAGAUUUAUACGACAAAGAUUCUGACUCUGAAUCACCAGCCUCUGUAAAGAUGUCUCGUUCUUCGCGUAAGUCUCAGAAAGAUAGACAUCUAAGUCGUACAAAUAAGAAUAAAACUCCCACAACAGUUGUAUCAGGGACAGGGGGUGGAAUGACAAUGCCUACAAGCGUUACACUAGCUGCUGCUCCUAAUACAAACUUCAAUAAUAAAAACUACUCAUUUUCUCCAAAAGAAAAACAGUUACCCGAGGAUAAUAUAUCUGAAGAUACCUCUUCAUCUAUCAAUCACAAUCACCGUCGGGAAACAUCUCAGUUCAAUCGAGCUACUCCUGUUCGACGCAAAUCAAUCAGUACGACAAGGUCUAAUUGCUUCACAAACACCACACUAACGAUCAACUCGAAUUCAACAUCUCUUAACGAAUAUCCAUCGACAACAGUCAAUAAUACUAAUAAUAAUGAUAGGGAAACUACGCCGGGUUCAACUGUUUCCUAUAAAAAUGCCAUUAAUCCAUCAAUAGCCAAUCGUGUUAAUCUGUACAAUGAGUUGAAUAAAAAUAAUACAUCGUCAUCUUCAUCAGAAUUAGAAUCAAAGAACAAGAUGAAAGAACAAAGUCAGCCAAGUGUGUAUCCUAAACCAAGAACAAUGUUUAGAUACCCUCCUAAUGCCGCUGAUAUAUUAAAUGAGUCGAAUCCUUUCCGAAUGGUGAAUGACAUAUCACUAAUUGAUUCUUUGAACUCACCGCCAGCUGUCCCACCUCAUGGUGGUACCCGUUUACCUACACAACUGAAUUCUACAUCAGCUAAUCGAACAAUUCUAUAUAAUAAUAAUAAUGGUUCACCCACCUAUAAUACAAAUCAAACAAAUCAGAUUUUAGCGACAAUUACUAAUACUAAUACGACUAAUAGUAAUACUUCUACUAUGAACUCUUUUGGUGCUACAAUAAAACGUCCUACAGCGCCUGUUCCACAAAAUUCACUAACGCCCAUUUCAUCUGCUCCAAUUAACACAGUGACGCGUACAUCUUACGCUUAUCAUUCAUUAAGAUUACCCUCUAAUACAACAUCUAAUACCUGUACCAACGAAAUUCUUUCCCAUCAACUUGGCCGGACAAAUAAUCAACUAGUUCGUCCAUCAGUAACUUCUCUUUGGUCUAAUGGUAUAACUGAGACUGGUACGGAUCAAUCACCUUCAAGUUCCCCUUAUGCAGCUGACUUAACAGAAAAUACUUCAAGUCUUCCGUUCAAUCGUAAUCUACCAGAGCGUUCAACAAUCCAGCACGUACCAACUGGGAGAGCUAGAGAACGUUUAGAAGGGACAUCAGGAGCUCCGCGACUCGUUCGUCACCCUGGAACACAAAGUAUCGCCCAUCCAACUACUGAAUCUCAUCUUCGUUCAUCACCAGCUGGUAAUUCAAAUUUUUCUACACCAAGACCUAACAGUCCUGAUCUAUCAAUAUCUUCUGGAACGUCGUCUGUGUCUACAUUAAGUCAUCAUGGUGAUCGGACUGAUUAUGAUGAGGAAUCCCCAACACCAGAAAAUGAAAGACAUCCUGACAUUGAUAAUAGAAGUCAUACUAUCGGAUCUACUUUUCAGCCAUUUACUCGAAAUUUUUCUGUUCGUCCUUCAGGUCAUCGACUUGAAAAUGAUGCAGUUCAUAACCAUUCUAAUAAUAAUAAUAAUAAUGGGGGUAUCAACAAUUUUUUUCGUACCUUAACAACUCGAAUAUCUAGCAGCAAACUGUUUCGAAGAUCUGCAGUUCUUCAACCCGGUUUAUUGUUUAAUUCCCCUGAUAACAAGAUUGUCAAUAUGAAUGAUCCUAAGGAUCCAGAUAUGAGGGUGGCACCUACAAUGGAGCUUGACAAACUGGCAGUCACAUGUGGUAGCCCUGCACCGGAAACGUGUCACAAGAACAGUUCUAUAAGACUUCCACGUAGUCGCAGUGGAGUAACUCCACACCGCGCUACUCCGCAAGGAUCUCGAAGACUAGCUGAUUUUAGUACAGUUACUGUUGAUGAACGCUCAUGCAAAAAGAAUAGUGAUACAGAAACUCUCAGUCGUAGGAGAAGCAAAAACGAAGUUAACGCAGAUAAUACUGGGUCAAUGUGUCGGAGACGUAGUCCGAUUUCCCGGGAUUCACGUUCACAGUCCACCCACCGUUCAUCUUCACGACAUGAUGAUGGUAGUAAUUCUAGACAUACACCUCCUCCCGUUCCCUUGCGAAAUGCAACUGGAAUGUCUAGUUCAAGUCAGAAUAAAUCUCCUUCAUCCGGAAAUGACAACUCAGUUUCUAACAACGUUGUAACUGACAUCACUCUUGGACGAACGCGUAGUUUAAGGUUUAUGUUUCGUAAAGAAACUGCCAGUCGACGUCAGAUAGAGGAAAUGAUGUUAGACAUGAAACAGAUUCUAAUCAACAAUAACAUUGACUUUGAACAAGUCGGUGACUUGAAAUUACAGUGUGUUUAUGGAGACCCUUCACGAGGAUGUCAGAUACCCAAUUUAACAAAUCAUAAUCAAAGUUCAAAAAGUACUAACAGAUCAUCACGUCUAACUGAUCGUGUUGAAAACGGCGUUGUACAUUGGGAAAUGGAAAUUUGCAAGCUUAAUCGAUCUGGGGCGAAUGGAGUACGCUUCAAAAGAAUCAGUGGAUCAACAUCUGAUUUCAAGCGUAUUGCUAAUAAACUUGCCUCGGAUAUGGAAAUCUGAAUUAUACACAAAUCUGCAUAUACAUUAUAAAUAGUUAUACAGAAACUAUUGCAUUUCUCUUUAUUUAGCUGAAAUAGAGCUACUAAUCAGCUCAUACGCUGUGUAUGCUUAAUUCUUUUUUUUGUUUGUAUGUAUAUUUCAUACUUUGAUUUUUAUGCAACAGUGAUCAGCUGUCAACAUAGUUUAUUUGGCGUGCAAAAUCAGCCAUAAGUCAACUCAUACACACACCCUACAUCUCUCUUGCCAUCGCUCCUUAUAGAUCAGCAGCUGCUUAUUAUUACUAUUAUGAGUAUUAUUUAUACUUCUUCCCCAAUCACCUUCAAGAAACAAAAUAUGCUAAAGAUUAUGAUACAUGGUAAUAAACUGUGUAGUGCAUUGAUGGAAAAUGAAGCUGAAUAAUUAUUUUCAAUCUCGUUUUACUUGUACCACUGGUUCUGAAAAUAAUAUCAAGACAUUAUUUGUUUUUUUUUAUUGUUUAUCAUAUCAACGGAUAAAAUGGGGGAAUAUGGUCAGAUAAAUGUGUAUAUUUGUGUUUUACAGGUGACUAAUACAUUUUUUUCAAUCCUCUUUUAUCAAAUCUACUCACUGUUUUACAUGCUGGCAACAGUAACAGUUAUCAGCUCUAGUAACACAAAGAGGAGAAUAUUAUUGAUGUUACUGAUACUUAACAAAUGAUAUUUGUCCGUUUGUUUGUUGAUUUUUUUGGAAAUAUUCUUAGUUAAUUUGUUUAACUAUCCUGUCUCUGAAUACCAUUUUAUUAUGCUUUUAUUUUCCCCUUAAAGCAAUGCCUUCAUCAAUGGUUAUUUUGUUUGUUUGUUGGCCUCUUUGUAUGUUGAAAAUUAUUUAUCUACUAAUCAUAGAGAGAUAUGAUGUGUGUGGGUGGUUUACUGAAAAUAGAAGAAAUCGAAUUAAAUUUCUUCCCAAAUGACAAAGGCAGACACACAUUCAUUUGCAUACAUAUAAUUACACAAAUAAUGAACGCUAUUCCAGAUAAUAAAUUAGCUCAUAAUUUUAAACAAACUGAUCUUGAUUUUUUUUAACGAAAAAGAAUAAAAUGUAUUCAUUGAUUAAAUUAUUAGGAGAAAAUGCUCCAUACUUCUUUUAUGUGCUUUUGUUCAUUAUUAUGACAAUGCUUAGUGAAAUGGAUAUUUAGAGCGAGGCAGUUAUCUUUCAUUUCGGCAAUCGAGAGGAAUAUUUAUGCACAAUAACGGGAGGGAGAAUUUUCAAAUUGAUCGUAGCGUUCAUGGGAAGUAGGUUUAUAGCUUAUUGUAGCGGCAUAGUCUGUUGCUAUGCUAACGUAAUGACAUAAGUAAUAUGCUCUUUAGACAAUUGACUUCAGA